AUGGCUAUCAACCCGAAGGCUCCUACAGCGAGGAAAAGUCCCAUCACUUCAACACCCACCCCCAAAGUCGCUGCGAAGGCACAGCAGCAGCGCAAAACCUCCGUUUCUCAAGCCGUUCUGAAGACGCAGCAACAGCUCAAGAACUCGAAUGCGCAAAACUCGCCCAAGGUCGAUGUGCAGCAGCAGCGUAGAAGCUCUGCUGUGAAGCCGACGGCUAUGGUGGAUAACAAGAGGAAGAUCAAGGCUGAGGUAGGAUGGAGAUUUGGCAUAUUCUUAAGAGCGAGACUGACGAUGUUGUAG